GCGCCACGGGCAUGAAGGCCUGGCGUCCGCUCGACGGCUCGGAGCCGGAGGUGACGAACCUGGCCCGGCGGGCGGAGAGGCACGAGCUCGUCGCGAUGAGCUCCGAGCAGCUGCGCAUCCUCCGCUGGGUCCAAAGCCAGGCGCAGGUCGUGUCCUUAGACGGAACUGGCUACGACGGCCCGACUAACACAACGGCAGUCGUCACCCACGCCGGGCGCGACUUCCUGGACUACAUCGACAGCGCAACCAUGCUGGCGCUGACGCUGCAGAGGUAUUUGCCCGAGGUUCCGCGCUUCGCCAUCGUGAUCAAAGGGAUGGACCACAAGUACACAACGCAGCUGAGGGAAGUGGGCUGGCACCUGGUCGAGGUGGAGGACUGGGGCAAGGACCACUGUGGCGCGGACUGUGGCUCGGGCUUCUUGGGGCGCUGGGGCGACAGCUUCGAGAAGCUCAACGUGUGGCGCUUUCCCUUUGAGCGUGUGCUCUUCCUGGAUUCGGACACGUACGUCCUCAGCAGCGAGAUCCGCAAUAUACUGGACGUGGAGCUUGGCCCGAACCAGAUCGCCAUGACGCCCGACGGCUGCAAACCCGAGCAUAACAGCGGUAUGCUGCUGUUCCGUCCAGACCUCGGCGCCUUUACGCGCCUGAUGUCUGAGAUUGCCUUGCACAGCGGCGGCCGUGAGGUCCUGGACCAGACUGUCAUCAACCUGGAGUACAAGGACAACAUCGUCACUCUGGACAAGAAGUACAACUGCAUCGACUACUCCGUGGACUGGCGCUGCCCCCUAUCCUGCGGCAACGACACCGUUAUCGCCCACUUCACUGGUGCACCGAAGCCCACCAGACAGAGCGUGUGGAACUUGGAGAGGGUACGCGCCUUGAACGGGAGCGAUGCCUGCAUUCACACCAACCGCGGGUGUUGCGGCUUCUGGUCCAUGUACUUCUGCGACAUGAAGAAGAGCCAGGCGCAUCUCAGCGCCCGCCUGGGGAAGGCGCUGAACGAGACUGGCCCCUGCUUGGUUCCGGGGAUGGCCGAUGCCGCGGAGAACGACUUGGCACAGACCGCGGCAGAGGAUACUGGGAUCACGGUCGAGGAGAGGCGGAGACGGAAGGCAGAGGAGGAGGAGGAGGCGGUGGCCAGAGAGGAGCAGGCCGACGCCGUGGCUUUCGAGCGCCGCUACCGCGAGUCAGAGCAGCAGCGCGCAGCAGCAGGUGGCGGAAGCCCGCAGCGGCCCGUCGGCCUCAACGAGCACGCGCGCGCGCCGCGCCUCCGCGACCUCGACGUUGCGAGCUCCGCUGGCGACUCCGCGUCCUCCCUGGAGAGCCCCGCGGACUCCGCCAGCGGCUCCGCGCCCGCCCUGGGCGCCGCCAGCGCCGCCGCCGAUUUGGCCAGCGAGGGAGCCGCCGUCGGCUUCGCGCCCGCUCCGGCCUCGGCUUCCCAGGGCACCGCCGCGCCCCGCGGCCACCCGGGCACCUUGCGCGGGCUGCUGGGCCGCCUCCGUCACGCGGCAUCCUGGCGAUGA